UGCCUGCCCUUCGGGCAGGCGUGUUCGUAAAACAGUAAAAGCGAAUGUUUAGGAAAUGCGUGAAACCGGAAGGCAUUGCCAAAAUUCGUUUUCUUUUUUCCCUCCUUUGUUCGGCUGCCGAACGACAUGCGAAUGGGAUCAACAGCGAGUGCAUGCUCGGUUUGUAGAUCUCCAACUUUUUCACAGCAGGCACUCCCCAACCCCGAGCUUACAGCUCGCAGCGAAAAAUCGCUCGGCGAACGCGCAGCUAAUCGAUGAAUGAAGAGCAGCAACGAGGUGCUGAUCACGUGAGGGCGCCGUGGACUGGCGUGCCGCUGCCAUGAAUGUGUCCAUCCUGACGCCAUCAGGUCAGGUUGGCAGACACACACCGCACUCGCAUCGAUCUAUGGGGGACAGAUCAUCAACAGCAUUUCCUGCAUGUUUGUGUGUUUUGUCUGUGACCACAGGCCCGUCGCCUCUUGAUUCUUCGGGCGGCAUAUCGUCGCAGCAGCAGCUGGUCAUGCCGGGCCAAGUCAUCCCCACUCACUCGGGAUACAUGCGGUCAGCAAACACUGCAUUGCGGCAGCAGCAGCAGCACACGAGGCUUACCUGUGCGUUUGUCUGGUGUGCAGGGGUCACGGCACUACGGAGGAGAAUGGCCAGCUGAUAGCGACGGUGUGCGGCCUGGUGGAGCAAGUCAGUGCUCUCAUCUAUGUGCGACCACUCAGGAGCAGGUCAGUCAGUCAACCGGGCGUGCUGCUUUGAUCGAACUGACUGACAAAAGGCAUCGGAUUGCCGCACGCAGCUGCGCAUUUCUGUGCACAGGUAUGUGGGCGAGGUGGGCGAUGUCAUCGUCGGCCGAGUGGACGAGGUAAGGUGCUCGCACGCCCACCACCGACACACACACACAUACACACAGACACACACACCUGUGUGUGUGUGUGUGUGUGUGUAUAUUCCGUCGAUCGACAGAUCGGCAACGGUCGUUGGUACGUGGAGGUGUGCUCCAGCCAGAGGGCGCAGCUGCACCUCGCAGCCAUCAACCUCCCGGGAUCUGUACAGGUCAGCCGCGUAACAUACGAGCGAGUCGAGUCCAUCAGCCAUAUUCACCUAUGUGUGUGUUUAGCGUCGUCGGACAGAGGAGGAUGAGAAGGAGAUGAGGCGCUUCCUCGCAGAAGGCGACAUACUCUCGGUACGGAACCUCCGCACACCCGUACGCACCCAGGCACCUAGGCAGCCAGGCAGGAGUUGACCUCUGUGUGAUUUGAUGCCGCAGACUGAGGUGCAGCGUGUGCAGAGCGACGGGCUGAUCCUCCUGCACACCAGAAGCGCCAAGUACGGCAAGGUCAGGCCACCUCAUGUCAGAGACACACACAGACAGACACACAGCCGCCUGGACCGGUCUCCAUUGCAUUGACUGCAGCUGGAGAAUGGAUGCCUCGUGCAAGUGCCGCCGCAGCUGGUAUGGCCGUUUGUGCGCCUACUGCAUGCCAUCCAUCCAUCCAUCUGUCUGUCUGUCUGUCUGUGUGUCCGUGUGCCGUAGGUCCGCCGUCAGGCCUCGCACAUGGUCAACCUACCCUGCGAACCGCCCGUUGGCGUCGUGCUCGGAAACAACGGGUAAGUCCUGCCUGCCCAGAGGGCCUCUUAGGGUCGUAUAAGGUGCACGAGUGUGUGUGUAUGGUGUGUCUUUCAGGUACAUCUGGGUUGGCCUGCCCCAGCGUGAGUCGGCCCGAGACACCAUCAACUACGCCCUUGGGGAGGUCACUUACCAGGUGAACGAAACAACACAAGACAACACCACGGCACAGAUGUCACUGUGUGAGCUGGUGUCCAUUGAGUGAUGGUUAUGCGGUGUGGCUGUGUGUAUGCAGGCGGUGUCGCCGCCUCAGCGGCAGGCCAUCUGCCGUGUCCGCAACUGCAUCGCCGCACUGAGUGCCCACUACCUGCAGCUCACCCCUCAGGUAGGGUAGGUCACCUGAGUGGGCCGCUCGGCGUCUCAUGUGUCUCAUUCAGUGUGUCUUCUGAUAUGUUCGGAUGUGUGUGGUGGUUGUGUGCAGUCGAUAAUGGAUGUGUAUAGCGCGUCGGUGCGCGGCAAGCUGGAGGUCAGCUCGCUGACGAACCCUGAAGUGGUGAGAGACCUUAUCAGAGAGUAUAUCAAGACCAAAACCUGACUGACUGUGUGACGGCGUGUAGUUGAUCCAUGUACUAUGCAUCAUUAAAGUCGCAGAUACGCU